AUGCCUGUUAACCGAAGCAGCUUCAGCUCCAUCUCCAUGUCCCGCAGCAGUGGUGGAGGCAUGGGACGGAUCAGCGGUGGUUUUGGCAGCAGGAGCCUUCACAAUCUAGGGGCAAGCAAGAGGAUCUCCAUGAGCGGAGGGUAUUGGUUUGGAGGAGGAUGUGGCGCUGGAGGUAUUCAAGAGGUCACGGUCAACCAACACCUCUUGGUACCUCUCAACUUGGAGAUUGACCCCAACAUGCAGAGAGUGCGGCAGGAGGAGAAGGAUCAGAUCAAAACCCUCAACAACAAGUUUGCCUCCUUCAUCGACAAGGUGCGGUUCCUGGAGCAACAAAAUAAAGUACUGGAGACCAAAUGGAGCCUCCUGAAAGACCAAAAAAUUGUGAAAAAUAACCUUGAGCCUAUGUUUGAUGCCUACAUCAGCAACAUGAGGAGACAGCUGGAGGCUCUGGGAGGGGAUCGGCUGCGGCUCAGCUCCGAGCUGAAGGCUAUGCAGGAUGCUGUGGAAGACUUCAAGAUCAGGUACGAAGAGGAGAUCAACAAGCGCACGGCUGCAGAGAAUGACUUCGUAAUGCUGAAGAAGGAUGCAGAUGCCGCCUACGUGAACAAGGUGGACCUGGGGACCAAGGUGGAAGCCCUGACAGAUGAGAUUAACUUCCUGCGAGCCCUCUACGAAGCAGAGCUGUCCCAGAUGCAGUCACAGAUCUCCGACACCUCCGUGGUGCUGUCCAUGGACACCAACCGAAGCCUGGACCUGAACAGCAUCAUCGCAGAGGUCAAAGCGCAGUACGAGGAUAUCGCCAACCGGAGCCGGGCGGAGGCCGAGUCCUGGUACCAGAGCAAGUAUGAGGAGCUGCAGCUCACGGCUGGCCGCCACGGAGACGACCUCCACAACACCAAGAUGGAGAUCUCAGAGAUGAACCGCAUGAUCCAGCGGCUCCACUCAGAAAUCGAUAGCGUAAAGAAACAGUGCGCCAGUUUGCAGACGGCCAUCGCAGAUGCCGAGCAGCGCGGGGAGAUGGCCGUCAAGGAUGCCAAAGCCAAGCUGGCUGGCCUGGAAGAUGCUCUGCAGAAAGCCAAGGCCGACCUGGCCCGGCAGCUCCGCGAGUACCAGGAGCUGAUGAACGUCAAGCUGGCCCUGGACAUCGAGAUCGCGACCUACAGAAAGCUGCUGGAGGGAGAGGAGACCAGGCUGGCUGGAGAAGGCGUUGGUGCAGUGAAUAUUUCCGUGGUCUCGUCCGGGAGCAGCUACGGAGGUGGGAACGCGCUGGGGAUGGGGUCAGGCUUCAGCAACAGGCUCAGCAUGGGGGGAAGCGGCGGCGGCGGCUCCAGCAGCGGGAGCUGCCUGGCCGGGGCAUUCAGCUCUGGCGCGGGAAGCAGCUCAAGCGUGAGGUUUGUAUCGAAAAGCACCACCAAGAAGAGCUAUCGGAGCUAA